AUGUGUCUCCAGGUGUUUCCAUGAGUCUCCAGGUGUUUCCAUGAGUUUCCAGGUGUCUCCAUGAGUUUCCAGGUGCCUCCAUGAGUCUCCAGUCAGCAGCAGCAGAGCGUCUCACACAGACACUGACGAAGAUGGAGCGGAAGCUGGAUCUUUCCCGUCUGACUGAUGAAGAGGCCAAACACGUGUGGGAGGUGAUCCAGCGCGACUUCAACCUGCGCAAGAAGGAGGAGGAGAGGCUGACCGAGCUGAAGACACGUAUCGAGAAGGAGGACACGAAGCGGGAGCUGCUGGGCUCGGAGAGGAAUGUCUCCGACUCGCUCUGCAUCCGAUGCCUGCAGCCCUUCAAGUUCCUGGUCAACAGCAAGAGGCAGUGCCUGGACUGCUGCAUGUUCACCUGCAAGUCCUGCAGCCGCUACAACAAGAAGGAGCACGGCUGGGUGUGUGACAACUGCCGCAUGACCAGGGUGCUGAAGAUGGGCACUCUGGGCUGGUACCAUGACAACGUGAGGAACCGCUUCAAACGCUUCGGCAGCGCCAAGGUGAUGCGGUCUCUGUACAAGCGCCUGAACGGAGACGGUGAGUCUCACUGUGAUGCUUCUGGACCUUGGUCCGGUUGUUCUGAUCCUGUCCGUGUUUCUGGUUCAGGUGGUCGUGAUGACGACACCCAGAGCAUGCCGGAUGUCCGCAGCCAUGGAUACAACGGCACCGAGGAUGAUCCCGGAGAGGGCGAGGCUCAGCGCUACAAAGUGAUGAGGAAGAACAAACGUCUGCUGUCGGUUCAUCCCAUGGACUUUGACUCAGAGGACUACCUUCCUCAUUCACGGCGACCUUCUGAGCAGCAGAUGCAGGAUGAUCGGUAUUACCGGAACGACGGGGACUACGACUACUACACUCACCGAGGAAACCGCAGAAAGAGUCUGGACCGCUAUGCCAUGAGACCCGAUGAGCAUGCAGACAACCGGAUGGUCCGGACCCGCUCUCUGUCGAAGAUCAGCUCCUCGGUGGCGAGGCAGCAGUAUGUCGACACCUCCGACGAGGAAGAGUACCAGAGGUAUCAACCUGUUCACCAGCAACCCCACCACCGCAGAAAGAACAGCCGAGCCUCCUCCCAGGAGAACCUGGGCCAAGCCCCGCCUAUCAACGAACUGAACAAGCGGAUGUUCGCCAUUGAGAGCCUGCUGAGCCGUCUGGAGGAGAAGAUGACUCCUGCUGAUGAGGCCUUGACUUCGUCAGCUCCAAAUGAGGAGGAGAAGCUGAGGAGGAAGCUGAGUGAGCUGGCAGGAAACCUGAGUGAUAAAGGCCUGUCGUCAGAUGAUGAGGCUGGGAAAAAGCCUUUCCCUGGGACUAAAGGCUCUUCUGGCGUCAGAGGAGGACCAGUGGUCCCUCUGGACUCCCUGAAGGACAAGGAGCUGAGCUCGUCCAGCGACGAGAUGCCAACAGAGGCUCAAAAGAGAUCCACUGCCGCCGCCCUCUGUGACCUCACCACUGAGGUCCUGAGAACCAUUAACGCCACAGAAAACGCAAUGGUCGAGUACGGCCUCGCAGAGCCGAUCGACAGGUCCCCCUUAGUUGGCCCUGAUGUAAAGCAGGCCGAUGAUGCUUUCAGGGAACUUGAGGAAAAUGUGUACAUCACGGCCGGACAGUCCUACGAGCUGGAGUCUAAGCUGCGGCGACUCGAGCAAAGCGCUAAGAAUCGUUUUGGAGGGACGACGGACUCUGAGCUGUCGGAGCUGGAGGACGUGGUGGCGCUGACCGCCGCCAGAGUACAGAGCGCCGAGAGCGAGGUGUCGGACAUUGAGAGUAAAAUCGCAGCUCUGAGCGCCAAGAAGAAGGUUUUUGGAUCUCAUCAGAAGAAACGGACUGCGUCAGACCUGCCCAAGAGUAACGGCGCUCCUUGGAGAUCCAGCAACAUGUUCUGAACCAGGCCCGGUUUCAGGAUGUAGUUCAUUCCUCUUCCUCCUGUUCUUCAUCAACGUUCACGGACCGGAACCGGGACACACAACCAAUCAGAGGAACAUCAUGGAGUUCAGAAAACCUGCAGAUGGAGUUUGAACCUGAAGGGUU